AUGGUUAGUAGUUGUACAAUGGCAACAUCGAAUAAUUCACAAUAUUCAACUAUUGAUGAUGAGGUGAGUCAUAAUACAUUCCUUACUUUUUCUUUCUUUUCUUUUUUUUUGAUUUUUUGGAAACUUUUUUGACAAUAUAUUUUGUUUCGUAAUGUGUCUACUAAAAAUGAUAGUAUUUAUUCUAAAAAUAAAAUUGUCUCGUAUAGUUCGCAAAGAUCGAAAAGUUUCUAUUUUUAUCUAUAGUGUCAUCAGCUUAUCAAUUUUUGUCUUCUUUCGUAUUUGCAAAAAAAAUGGAGUUCCUUUUUGACUCAAAAAAUUUUAAUAAAAAAUCUAUUGUUUUUUCUUCCUCGGUUAUGACUCAAUUUUCAAUAUUAAUUUUCUAUCAUAGAUAAUUUCCAAAAAAAAAAUCAAAAUAGGAAAAAAAAACAUUUUUUGUGUACGAUACGAGAAUUCUUUUUCGUCUUCGUCUUCUAAUCAAUGAUUAGAUGACAAAAAAAUGAGAAGAGAAGAAAAAGAGAAUUGGUGAUGUUUAAUUAAUGGCACUGGUUUUUUAGGGGUUGUUGAUGAUGGAAUUUUGAUUUAGCAGAAAGAAUUAUGAUAAAUAAAUACAUAUUUUAAUUUAUAUUAAUAUGAUUUUGUUUCAGGUGUGGACAGAUAUUCAUGAUUUAAUUAAACGUGACACUUGUCAUUCAUACGGUUUCGAAACUGUUAGAUCAACUCGUCCCGCUUUCUCUCCAUUAGUUACACCAAUUCUAAAUUCAUCUGGAACAACAAAAUCAAGAUUUGUUAAUGCACCGGUUAUUCAUCGUGAACCACCAACAAUGCAAUUACCACCUCCACAAUUCAAUCCAAUUUAUGAACAACAACAACAACAACCACAGCAACACGAAUAUCAUUAUGGUUAUGGAUAUCAUGAAGAAUUAUAUUAUGCUCCUCCACAAUAUCAAAUUGAUCAUAUUCCAAGUACUUCUUAUCUUCCACCUCCACCACAACCAACUUAUUAUCAAACACCAUUGGUGAAACAAGAGGAUACACCGCCAUCAAGUCCCGAAAGUCAACAAGAACUUGGUCCAAUUGCUGCGAAGUUGAGUCAAAUUAAAACGGAAAACAAUUCGAGAAGGUAUGUUAUCCUUGAGAUUGAAAUUUCUGCUGCCAUUUCAUUCUGUCUCAUUCCAAUUAAUUUUGUCACAUUAAAAGUUUUCAAUAUGAAAAGCCGCCGCCGAAUGAAAAUAAAAUCUACAAGAAGACCAUAAUUUGGCGCAUUUCAAACAAAAAUGCAAAUUGCUACAUUUGCUUUGCUAUUUUAUAGCGCCGCGCACAGUUGGACGCCAUUUUUGUGCGUUGGCGGAUGGAAAAAGUAAACACGCAGUUUUUCGUGUUAUUUUUUGUUUGGAAGAUAAAAUUUGGUCGCGCGGGCGCUAGUCAUAUUAUCAUAUAAUCAAUCAUUUAGACAGUCAUAGCCGCAGAGAAUCAAAAAGAGAACAUAACAAAAAAUUGUUGUUUUUUUUCAUUCAUUCAUUCUUUCUUUCUGUAAAGGGAACUAUUAGCACGUAUAAAAAAUGUUGAAAAUAUGUGUACUUUUUAUCAGAAACAAAACAAUAGCCAUCAGUUUAAAUUGAUUAGAUAAUCUUUGAUCAUUUAAUUAAUUCAUUAUUUUUUACAGCCUGCACGAGCCUGCUGAUUCACUUUCAAUUACACCUCGAUCAUCUCCAGCAACAUCUUCAGCAUCAUCUUUUGAUGAAACUGCAACACCUGAACGAUCACCGCAUUUGAAACUCAAAAAUUGUCGACAAAGACAUGAUAAAAAGACAUUGGUUCAUGCAUGUCCAUAUCCAGAUUGUUUCAAAAGAUAUUCGAAAUCAUCGCAUUUAAAGGCGCACGAACGAACUCAUAGCGGAGAAAAACCAUUUGUUUGUAGAUGGGCAAAUUGUUGUUGGAAAUUUGCGAGAAGCGAUGAAUUGACACGUCAUAUGAGAAAACAUACUGGUGAUAAACCAUUCCGAUGCAGUUUAUGUGAUCGAACAUUUGCACGUUCGGAUCAUUUGAGUCUUCAUAUGAAAAGACAUAGUACUGUAUAA